UCGACCGUUACUUCUUUGAUCUGCUCUGUAUUGAUAACAGCCUCUACGAAGAACUUGACACAACCAGCAAUGGAGACCAAUUACUCGUUCACAGAAGAUGAUAUGGAGAUUGAAGAUCGUCUCGGGUUCCCCAGAGCCUAUGCCCAGCUGUGUCGGGAACGUGGGUUUGGUCCCUAUUGCCAUGGCCCUCCGUACACUUUCAACCCCUAUCUGUUGCAACAGAACGAGGGUAUGAGGGCCGCAGAGUUGGAUCAGAUGUUCCCGGUUAUCGAUCCACGAGCAAAACCAACUGCGAAGCCAAAGAUUUUUGUGAAUCUCUUGUGGAAGCAGCUCAGCCAUCUUGGGAAUGCCGGCUUCGAUCCUGCAGUGAUUCGUGUAGACCCAUAUGGCAAUGUUCUAUAUUUCCAUGCAGAUUCAGCUUCUCCUCUCGCUUGGGAUAUCGAUCAUUGGUUUCCAUGUUCAAGGGGAGGACUGACUGUUCCAAGCAAUCUGAGGCUACUGCAGUGGCAAGUGUGCAAGAGGAAGCAUAACAAGUUAGAAUUUCUAGUUCCAUGGUGGGAUCUCCAGCUUGGGAUCUCUGUGAACCAGUUCUUAUCUAUAUUUGCAUCAUCAAACUCUGAUUUUAGGCACAGGGCAUUUUAUUUCUUGUUCUCAGAAGGUGAAAAUGAGGAACUAAAUGCUUCACAAACUGUAGAUUCACAUUCAUUUCCAAAACAUUUUGUUGAGUCCAAAGAGCAGGUAGGCCUUGCUCCAGCUGCCAUCGUUGCGUCUCGAAGUGCAUCUUAUGAUUCUUCAAUGGCUUUGAAAUCACUGGACUACAAUAGGCUGAUAAGGCCACACUCCCCGGCAUUCGCAGCUCGAAAGGCAAAAGGUGGUAUCUUGAAGGAAAAUGACUACCCAGAUUUUGUUACAAACCCAUACCAAGCAAUUGUCAUGGCUAGAGAUUCACUGAAACAAAGAGAAGAAAAUCAGAAGAUGCAAGGAGAAAUACAGAAACUGGACGAUGAAGUGAAUGAUUUGAAGACGAAGAACGAAGAAGAAAAGCUAACUAUCCAAGAGUUGGAGUUGACUCUCAUCAAACGUCGGAGAAGGGCAGAAAAGUGUAGGCGGCUGGCGGAGGCUCAAUGCUCAUAUAGGACCAUGUUAGAGAAGAUGAUUAGAGAUGCUAUGCACCAGAGUGUCAUUUAUAAGGAGCAGCUGAGAUUGAACCAGGCUGCAUCUAAUGCUCUCAUGGCAAGACUUGAAGCACAGAAGGCAAUUUGUGAUGCUGCAGAGAAAGAACUCCACAAGAAAUUUAAACAAAGAGACGAGCUCGAGAAACAGGUACGGCCUGAAUGGGAGCAAGCAAGGAAAAGAUCAAGAAUGGAUGAUGCAUCAUUUGAGGAGAGGAGGGAGAACAAAACUAUUCUUUAUUUGCCAGGAAUGAGGCCUAGAACUCCUUUGCAUAAGGAGCUGAGGGUGUUUCUAGAGGAGGAACAUAGAGCAUCAGAAGCUGGAUUAUCUUCUAAUGAAGAGAGAAGAAAGCACAAAGAAAUCGAAGUUGAACUGCAAAAACAUGCAAAAUAUGCCAUGGAACCGGAGCCUAACGAGCAAGAUAAACCAAUUCUUUCCUUGGAGAAUGAAACCCCCAUUGAGCAUAGGCUUCAAAUGUUGGAAAUAGAAGAAGGGAAGAGACAUAAAAUUCUAUGCCCAGUUCUCCAAGAACCAGAAAUUGAAGAAGAUGAAGAGAGCAGGAAGCAGCGCGGGAAAGGAAAUGUGGAGAGGUGGCUCCAAUUGCUGCUAGAAAAUAAUCAAGAGGAGGUGGAGCCUCAGAUUGAAAAUGAAGAAAAGUCGAGCAAGGCUGAUGAAACAAUUGCAAAGAUGAAUCUCAAGUACCCAAUAAGGGAGAUCAAACCAGAAUUUUCUGAAGGUGGAAACAAGGAUAAGCAGAAAGUUGGCAUAGAGGAUGAAGAGAAGAAGAAAGAAGAGGCAACUGAGAUAGAAGCCGCCAAAACACUAACAGAUAUAACCAAUGCAAGUGAAAAGGGCAGUGCCACUGAAGGCAUUGGCAGCAGAAAAAGCUUUGAAGGUGGUAAGGAAAGAAAAGAGAAGAAGAAUGGAAAGGAAAGAGUGCUGGUGAGGUCUGAGAGUGCCAGGACCUUUCGACGAAUUCCAUCUUCUCCAUCUUUGAUCUUGGGUAUGAAAAAAGGAGUUGACUGCAUAAGGAAGAAGCCAAUUGUGAGCAGUGAUGACGAUAUAGAUGAGGAUCAUGCCGUGGAGAACAGCUUCAUUAAGUCAUCCUUCAAAACAUUCAAGAAAGCAAUGAAAAUUUGAAAUCUGAUUCCAUUGUAUCUAGGCAGGCAUUUGUAUGGUGUUUUCAGGUUAUUUUUUUAUUUUUAUAAUUUUUUAAAGUGUGCUAGUAAUGGCUACUUGAGCUGUGAAUAAUUGUGUGAAGUGUAGAGCAUUAUAUUUCUUUGAUUGGUGCCAAAAGCUGUUCUGCCAGAUUUGAGAUAACAGCUUGUUUUUACAGA